UCUUGUUAUUGCGGCUUAAAAUAACAGAUAUGUAUCCUAUAAAAUUUCAGAUCUACAUUUUCAUUUUGACCCACAAUGGACAAAUUAAGAGGGAUGUGGAAAAGAAACAUCUGCAGUUAAUAUAUCUUUAUAACAUGUUUUAGGCCUAUUGAAUUUUAAUACUUGACUGGCUAUUGGCAAGAUAAAAGGUACUAUUGUAUAAUAUAAAGGUGACAUCUGGUGUUAGAAUACUGAACUUAAAGACUCCCGUUAGAAUGUGAUAAUUAGGUGGUCGUGGAUGAUGUAAGAUUCAUACAAUGGAUGAUUUAAAUUUAAUUCAGAGAUAUCCACUACACGAAAGAACGUUUGCCGGUGACGUAAGAGAAGUGGCAGUAUUAUUACGUACACAGGAUGUAUGUCAAAAAGAUAUACAUGGAAAUACACCACUUCAUCUUGCUGUCAUGCUUGGACAUAAAGAGUGUAUACAACUUUUACUUGCCCAUGGUGCUCCAGUUAAAGUAAAGAAUGCUUUGGGAUGGAGUCCAUUAGCAGAGGCCAUCAGUUUUGGAAAUAGACAGACUAUUGCAUCUCUUUUACGUAAGCUUAAACAACAAUCCAGGGAAGCCAUGGAAACAAGAAGACCUGAUUUGGUACGAGCAUUGAAUCAAAUGGGUGACUUUUUCAUGGAGUUGAAAUGGGACUUUCAGAGUUGGGUUCCUCUGGUUUCACGACUACUUCCAUCAGAUAUUUGUAGAAUCCACAAGAAAGGGUCCAGUAUUAGAUUAGACACAACAUUAGUUGAUUUCAAUGAUAUGAGGUGGGAGAGAGGGGAUGUGAGCUUUAUAUUUAGUGGAAAUUCCAAACCAUCUCAGUCACUCACAGUCUUAGAUAAUGAACAAAAUGUUUAUCAAAACGUUCGCUAUGAGGAAACAGAAGCAGAAGUAGAGGAUGAAAUUGACUUAUUGAUGAGUAGUGAUAUAGUCAGUGUUCAGAUGUCUACAAAAUCUAUCACAUUCAGCAGGGCACAAACUGGUUGGAUCUUUAGAGGAGAUAGAACAGAAAUGGUAGGACCUUUCUUAGCUGAUUUUUAUUUCAUCAGUGGACUAGUUUUAGAAUCCAGAAAAAGGAGGGAACACCUUACCCAAGAAGAUGUAAUUAAAAAUAAAGCCAUUGUAGAAAGUUUUACGAAGGGAAAUGCAACUGGUUUAGAAAAUUCUGAGUUUCAGAGGAGACAGUCACUUUCAGCACCCCUAACUCCACAUAUAACGUGGGAAGAAUAUAUCACAGCAUCUGUGGGUAAACCUCCUCAUCUAGGUCGAUGUGUGGUCUCUAAGGAAUCAAGUAAAAACUUCAAGGCCAUUCUUGCAAUGAGUGAAGAAUUUCCACUUUCAGUAGAAUCCUUAUUAAAUGUUCUUGAAGUAAUUGCUCCUUUCAAACAUUUCAACAAAUUACGAGAGUUUGUACAAAUGAAACUUCCACCUGGUUUUCCAGUAAAAAUUG